UACUCCAGAUAUCAGCUGGGAUGGGAGAUAAAAGCUGCUGGACAGAAGAGAGCGUCCCAACAGAACUUCAUCUUCUUCAGACGAGAACUAAGAGCUCAAACUCAAAACUAUGCUGCGCUGCGCUUUCUUUCUGAUGUGCCUUUUGCACUUAAAGCACACAAUAUUGGGAGCCGUCACUCCAAAGCCAAUCCUUAUCAACGGCACCUACAUCAACCCAGAGCUGGGCAACUAUCACGCUAGAUUGAGGAGUAUCGCCCGCAGCUGCCUGGAAAUCAAAGAGAAACACGACGGCACGCAGGACGGCAUGUACAUCCUGACCACAGCGAGCGGCACAUAUUACCAGGCCUUCUGUGACAUGAACACGGCCGGAGGCGGAUGGACUCUUGUGGCCAGCGUCCAUGAGAACAACAUCAAAGGGAAGUGCUCUGUUGGUGACCGCUGGUCGAGCCAGCAGGGAAACGCCCUGAACCUGCCUGAAGGAGACGGAGCAUGGGCGAACACCGCCACGUUCGGCAGCGCAGAGAGCUCGACUAGUGACGACUACAAGAAUCCUGGCUACUACGACAUCUCCGCACAAGAUGUGUCAGUGUGGCACAUUCCCAAUGAUGAGCAGCUGAGAAACUGGACGUCUUCUGCCAUCCUGCGCUACCAUACCGAGAGCCAGUUCCUGAAAGAGCACGGGGGAAACCUGUACCACUUAUUCAAGAAGUACCCAGUGAGGUUUGGAGCCGGACACUGUAAGAGCGAUACGGGAGCCGUCAGUCCGGUGGUGUAUGAUAAGGGAGACAAAGAUUCAACUGCAAAAUUAUAUGGACCGUCAAAGGACUUUGAGCCUGGCUUCAUCACCUUCAGAGUGUUUAACGAUGAUCAAGCAGCCAUGGCCCUGUGCUCCGGAGUCAAACCCACUGCAUGCAAUCCUCAGCACUAUUGUAUUGGAGGAGGAUAUUUCCCUCAGCUUCAGCAGUGUGGAGACUUCACCGGUCUGGAUCUGAGCGGAACAGCAUCCAAACAACUCACUGAAUCAUCUGUGCUGCUCUUCUAUCGUUAAGACGUGAAACAUCAAACAUUCACUGCUGUUUACAUCAGAUCAAACGCUGAGCUGAGCUGUACAUGUAUACAUUUGUUAAAACAUUAUUUUUUGUGUUUGAUGUUUGAUGUAUGAAUGUGAUAUCAAUAAACAUCUGAAAAACA